CUUACUAUUUAUUCACCGACUAAUUUUCACAUUGACAACUUUGGAGCGAAUGUUUAGAAUAUAUAAUUAGUAUUGGUUAUACUUCCACUUUUUAUAAAUGCGUUGAAUGAAUAACAUAACAAUUUUAUUCCAGCUUCAAUAAUUACAAAGAAGAAGGCUUAAGUGUCCAAGAUUGUACAAACCAACUAAGGCACUUCGAAACGCUUACACAUAAUGGACGGUGAGGUCUACAUUAGAAUCGUUUUGGCGGUCUUUCUGGGAACUACUGCAGUCCGAGGACAGGGUGCGCGACUUUGUGCUAACAUUGUUUUUGCCUUCGAUACAUCAUGCAGCAUAUCAGAGGAGACGAAAGAGGGCGCAGUCGAAUUCAUGGAUGACUUCGUAGGGCUGUUUGAUUCAAUCGGUGAUCCCAGUACCAGCAGCACUGGACGGUUUACCCAAUUUGGCCUACUUGCCUUCGACAUUAAUUCCCGCAAGGUGUUCGGUUUCGGCGAAGCACCUUCUAAAGAUGACGUCAUCAAUACAAUCCAAGAGGAAUUUGAUACUUCACACGUGGAUUGUAAAACAAUCACAAAUGAAGCUAUUGACAUGGCAAUUGAGGAUUUCUUUGAAUCUGGCGACCAAGACGAUAAAAGCCCAAAUGUCUUGGUUCUUUUGACUGAUGCUCGUACUCAGCCGCAAAAGUUUAGAGACGAAACAAUAGUCUCUAUAAAUCGUCUCCGCGCCAAAAACAAUACAUAUGUCUUCCUACUCCAGCUCCCAAACGCUAACGAGAAAACUGACUUUGAAGACACGAUUGAGCAGGUCAAUGUUCUCGCUGAACCAGAAAACAUAUUUCAAUAUUCAGAGGACACGAAGCAACUAGCCGAAUCUGUUUACGGUCGUAUGGCAAACAUUGGGGAACUCACAUGUCCAGGCGAUGAAAUAACUUGUGAUGAAUCACCUCUGGACAUUCUUCUUAUUCUCGAUCAUUCCAACAGCGUUAAACCAGAGAACAUUAUUGAUGUCCGUGAUGCUAUGAAAGCAUUAGUUAAUACAUUCAAAAAUGUCGGAGAUGGCGAUACCUCCGUGAAAUUCGCACUUCUAACGUACAACAAUAAAGUAACACCCGAGAUGCUGUUUAACGACACCGCGUCCAGCACAAGAGAGGGGACACUGAAGGCCAUCGAAGACCAGACGAUGGCACGUAGGAAAAACACUCGUACCGAUUUAGCUCUUGAAUUUGCAAAUAGUGUUGUUUUUACACCAGAAGCGGGUGACCGAAAGUUUGCCUACAACAUGAUUGUUCUAGUGACAGAUGGGCGAACAAUGAAGGCUAAAUAUCAGAAAUUUACGUUUAGAGCAGCUAACGCUUUAAAGGGCAGAACGGGAGAUGAUGAAGUUGGAAUCUUUUUACUCGGACUACCGGGUGCACGGGCUAAAAAUCUUGAUGUUCAGAGAAAAGAAUGGAAUGAAAUUCCAUCUGAACCGAAAGAAACUCAUUUUAAGGAAUUUGACAAAUUUGACGAACUACUGCCGUUCAUCCAAGAAUUAUCACAGCGAGUUUGUGCAGUGGGUUUGGGAUUUUAAGUGUCAGCAAUGUUUUAGAAGCCAUUGUUUAUGCCCAAAUAACUCAACAAUACAUGUAUAAUCCUAGUAAUCAAUUAUUGGACAUAAUUAUUGUUUCUUAUAUAAAAUACAAGCAGAACUAAAUAGAGAAGAUCAAAGAUGAAACUAACUUUCGGAUUUACAUUUGUUUUUCAUUCGGAAAGAAUGUCAUCAUUAUCAAUAAAACGAUUUAUAGCUUUGCAAUAUUCUAUGGCAAAUGGUUGACGGCUAGUAUAAAUGAUAUCCAGUUAGAUGAUAUUCUCUAUUUCAGGUCAUAGUUACUUCCUACAAUUUAGGACUCAGUGCAUUGCUUGCUGAAUCAU